CGGAAAGAUUCGUGAAUGAACACUAUGUGGCGCUGUUCAGCGCUUCCAAUAAAUGUUCACUAAAUAAACGGCUAAACAAUGAUAGUUUACGCAACGAUUUUCGAUGUAACAUGUUCAGGAUAAAAUAUUGUUUCAUUAUAUUUUUUUUCAUCACAAGGAAACGCGGAACCAAAUCUUGUAGAUCUUAUAGAAAUAAUCAUGAUAUCAUCAACGUGGAAGAGAUUGUUUAUUGAUGAUUCCUAUUUGAAGAAAAACUCUUCAGAAUAAGUCCCAGUGCCUGAAAUUUUUUUUUUCACUUUUUAUUUGAAAAUUUGGUACAAAAACCUUCAUAUGAUUUAAUAUAGUUUCUUUAAGUGCAUGCGCAUAGUGCGAUGUCGCAAUAAAAACAAACAACCCUUUAGUAUAUAGAUAAUGGAACUACCCUUCUGGGUCUCGGCAAUUUGAACCAUAAAACGGGGGCGGGGGGGAUAAAUGCAAAUACCUUUCGCGGUCUAAACACGUGAUGUUAAACGUUAGCGCUACUAGCGGUCAACAACUGUAAGAGAUCCCUGGAUACCGUUUUUGAUCCCACCAGAAACUGACCGUGUGGUCUCUUUUUCUUUUUGGUCUCCGUAUUGUGGACUUUGACCCACAAGAAAUUUUGACGUCACGUAUAGGAGUGGUAAAAGAACGUGGUUAAAGUGGAUUCCCAGUGAACUCAAAAAUUGAUACCUUUUUAACCGACUCCUGGUAAUGUAAUUAAUUUAAAAAUCCUCUGAUUGCAUUCUGGCACCUCGUUAACAAUACGAAUUCUUUUAUCUCUCCCGCAAAAGAGGAAAAUCCUCUCUCCAAUGAUAGUUUCCACGAAUUGACAAUUUACAAUAUGUGAUUUAAUUCUCUUUGUUGAAAGUGAAUCGUUCUCCUAAUUUAUUUACUAUCCAAUAGACUGAUAGAUUGAGACGUGGGACGUGCUAGACUGUUAGCAAAUUACUCGGGAAUUUAAAAUGCAAAUCCGGAAAUUUUGCUAUUGACGAGUCAUUUGAUAUCGCGCAGGUGAUUCAAAAUUAUAAAAAUUCUAGCAAAUGUUUAUUUCAGUUUCCAGUUCAUUGUACUCACGUAAAAUUAUCUCCCACAUAUUUCCCGACGACCAGAGUUGAUGCGCUUCAUAAAGUCAUUGAUGAAUGCUAUAUAAACGAAUUAUCAUUCCUUGAUGAUGAGUUUUGAAAUCACUCAAUAUCCAAAUUUGGAAGUGAUCAGGAAAGACGCUUUGACGUAGGAAGUCGGAGGGAUACGAUGAUUGUCCUUUACGAGGUAAAUCGGUUCACUGAGCAGCGGCAGCUGGGGCUGGAGAUAAGGCAUAUGUACACCCCCACAAGGUGGCUCGUUCCACUGGAACAGCACAUGCUUCCGAGACGGCCAAGGAUUUAUCUCCAUAUCACUCACUAUCACCGAAACCCCGAAAACCUCUCCCUGACCCAUUGAAAACUGUCAUCACCCCCUUCCAGAUGAAAAACAAUCAUUCACAAGGCCAUGAAGCAUUCGCAGUGUGAUUCAGAAAAUUUAAGAAGUGUGAAAAUACCCAUUCACGUCACUCAACCGUGAAAUUUUCGAUUUACUUCUCCAAUGAGUCAGUGCUAUCGCAUUUUUCCCCGUUUAACCCCCGCACGAGCCACUCUUCUCCAGCACAUGGGACUCCACUCUUGCGCGCAGUUUCGAGAUUCUGCUGCCAGCAUCAGGUCUCCAGUGUGUUAGCAACCAUCACCGCAACCAUGGCGGAUAAAUCAGAGAGAGUCCCGGAGCAUCAGAGAAAACAAAUUGAAAUAGCAAAGAAAGAACUUCAAGUUAUCCUGAAGAAAAUUGAAGUCCAGGGACUCAUCUCCAGGUGCUUUGGACUCCGGCGAGCUUCUUCAUUGCUCUGCACUUCAAAAACAUUACGACUGAGUGGACGACAUCUGGUGUGUCUUGGUGUUCUCUGUUACAUCAGUUAUUAUUUCGCCAACGAUUAUUUCUUCUCCCACCGUCAUCAAAAGUGUCUAGUGGAGACUCCCACAAUGUUUCAAAGGAUUUUCCGGCCCGCUGAGGACUGCUCUAUCUGUCAGGACGUUCAACAGGUUGAAAAACUUGCCAAUGUCGAACCCGAGGUUUUUGAAGAGCGUUAUGCAUAUUCAGGAAAGCCUGUUGUGAUAACCGAUGCAACGAGCGAUUGGUCGGCUACGAGGGUCUUUUCAUUUGGAUUCUUCAAGACACUUUAUCAAGAUCGAGAUGCCAACUGUCAGUUUUUCCCUUAUAAAACGGACUUUGGAAGCUUGAGGGAGGUGUUUAAUAUGACGGAGGAUCGAGCGAGGUUGAGGCCGGGGAGUCAACCUUGGAGUAAUUGUGAUGAAGAAAUUGGCACAAUACUUCGCCAACAUUACCACCGCCCCUACUUUCUCCCAGCGCUGGCCGAGAGUGAAAAAACUGAUUGGAUUUUCAUGGGAAGUUCCGGUUACGGUGCCCCAAUGCACGUCGAUGAUGUGGAGCACGCUUCGUGGCAGGCGCAACUGAAGGGAUCCAAGCUAUGGAUACUCGAACCACCGAGAGAGUGUCAUUACACAUGUGCUCGGGUCGAAGUUGUCGUCGAGCCCGGAGAAAUAAUAAUUCUGGAUACGAAUCGAUGGUAUCACCAGACCCGAAUAAUUUCCGAGGACCUGAGCAUUACAAUCGGUGCGGAAUACGAUUAAAUCCCCCUAAAAAAAAUCGACAAAGAAAUCCUUAGCAACAAAAAAAAACUAUAUCGAAUUUUAAUGACCCGCAUAUGCGCAUCGCCCUCCUCCCAUAUCGAUCUUUACGUGAAAACAAUUCGCCUUCCCACUGAUUAGUAAUCCACGGACUAACAUGAUAAUUUCACCGAUUUCCGUUAUGUAUUAAUGAACAACAAAUGUUUAAAAGCUAAUUACGUGAGAAAUAUAAUUUCAGUGGCGCUCAAUAUCAAUUGGGGUAUUAAGUAUAAAAUGAGUAUUUUUUAUUUCAAAACAAAAAUGAAAAAGUCUGAACCGUUUGAGCAAAAGUUUGGAGUUUGUCGUGACGUCAUAGGUCAGACACUUUCAUUCGUUUAUAACUCCUUCACCCUUGAGAAAUAUAAGGACUGAACAUGACUGAAUCUGCAAAAGAUACUUGAUUGCCUUUAAAGUUCUUUAUGUAUCAUAAGAAGGGGUAACCCAUGGGCAUCAGUGCUGUUCACUGAAUGGUAUCACCCCAGAAACUUCGAAUCGUGCCUCUGGCCAUUGGCCGUGACGUGUACGUAAUUAUGUCACGUGCCCAUACGAUCGUGCACUACUGACGCUGAAGAGUCCACUGGUGUGAGUUCUAGUAAGGCACAAGGGGGUCCCAAUGCGGUUUCACCCGGCUUCAAUAUCUAAACGUUUCCCCACUAUCCCACCUACACCGAGACAUACAUGUAAACGCGAUGUACAUAUAUACACAUACGGGCGGAUUUGGAUACGUGAAAGAGGAAACGGUUUGGUAGCACGAGUCCCUCCACGCAGAUGGUACACAAGCUCACACCUGGCGGCAGGUGAGCCCUUCUAUUGCAUUUUACCCCACCAGAUACUACGGUUUUUUGACCCCCCGUACGAAGGAAAAAAUAAGGAGAAAUAGAAUAGUGGAGGCACCUCCCCGUGGGUCCUCACCAUGUGUACGAUCAUAUGUUCGACCUCCUGUUUCAAGGGGAUUGUUAAAGAUCCAGAUGGGAAUGGGUCGAUUCAUUCAUGUAGCCGAAUAAAAUGUGGUUGUGGGGAUGUUCCAGUUAUUGAAAUUAACGAUAUCCCAGUACUUUGGUGAUUUUCCCUUCCCUAAAAUCUCUUUGAACACUCGAACAUCAUUCAAUUUUCCAGAUUGCAAUUUAAAUUUCGAUUUCCCAUCAUUCAUCAUCAUAGGUCAGGGAAUUUCCGAUGUUUAUGCGAUUCUUUUAGUUCAUUACUCUCGGGUAUUUCCAUCAGAUUAAUCCACCGAUCCCCGAGUGAUGUCGAUCUGUCCCAGUGGACAGGUAUGUUUUACGCGUACUGCUACAUAAUUAUAGAUAUUGAUUUCUGGAGGAAACCGACCUGCUAAGGGAGAAUAGAUGUGACUCUACUAGUACCACACAUUCUGUACAAUUGGAGUGGUAUGCGAGAGUGGUGAAGGGUGUGUGUGACGCCAGGAAACAGGGCAGGUUGACGAUGAGAUUAGAUUGUUCCGCAAAUUGGUAAAUCCAUCGAUCCAUUUUGUCCUCGUAAAGGAAAGCGAUCCAAUGCUUCUACUGUCUUAUCGUAUUUCUUUAUUUACUUUUUGAAGAACGGAUGGGCAUAUUGUGAGUUAUUCCGAGAGAGAGAGAGGGAGGUGAAAUUAAUUUGGCUUCCUCACGAGCUCUCUUCAUAAAUGAAACUUGAGGAGCUUCGUGGUUUUAUGUUACGUUUAAUAAUCAUAAUAAUGUGAUACUGACCAUUUAAAAUGGCUUGCACGCGCUCGUUAACUUAUGCUCCUUCGAAAUGAAAAAACAUUUCAUCAAGACAAUACAAGAGAGUGAACUUCAGCGGUGAAAAACAUAGCGCAAACGAGUCUCUCCGUUAAUUAGGAAAAAUUAAUUAUCAGAAAUUAUCAAAAAUCAAAUUGCCCGCAUGGUCUCUAAACCCCGUUUUCCGAGCGAUGAAUCUCGAAGAAACUGAGAAAUGAACAUAAAACCGCGUCCAGUGUUGUCUCCUCAUGCUCCAUGUACAUCCUCUCAUGUGCAUUCUAUUACAUAGAAAACCCUGAAGUUGUAUUAUCCGUCUCACCCUCAACUCUUCACAUAGAUCACAUACAUUUUCGUACGUACCCGCGCAUCACCGUGCGCAAGCGGUGACCAGAGUGUCUACACGUACACAUCGCCCUCACCCUCGUUGUGUACACCGAGUACAUACAUAUCGGUCGGUCCUAUCGAUUAUUUUCUCCAUGUGGAACUUUCCCCUAUUCUCUACUUGCGCCCCUCCCCACUUGGCGUCGCGACGCCCCGGUAUAGAGCGAGGAUAUCGACGUUACAUCGUCGAGUCACCCUUAACUCCCCCCCUAUCUCACCCCUCCACUCCCCCCCGGGCACUGCGGAAGCACAAGUCCACGGUUCCCCACGAGUCCAUCAAAAUUACUCAUCAUUUUUUAUCUACCCAGAGACUUGAAAAUUCAAAUGUCCUUCACUCUCCCGAAAAAACUUAAUCCAUCCGCGUUAUCAGUAGCCAUAUAGCCAUAGUUAUCACUCGCGAUGUGUCAAUUUGUCACAUCACCUGCGAGACCAACGGCAAAGAACAUCAGUCGCGCAAAAUUACCGCUCAAAUUUCCAAAUUCCAAUUUGUUUCUGCACCAAAAUAAAUCAUCAAAUCACACUAGACCAUUCCCCGAUGACCCCGGGCUCCGCAACCAAAAUAAUCCACCCCUGAACCCACCCCAGUUAUAUUCCAACCCCACAUUCAUCCCCACCCAAGUCACCCCACAACCCCUCGUAUCGAGUUCGUUACAGAUCCCCGUUAGCAAGAUCGCUACCCCUGACUCCCCUCUACACUAGCGCCACCAACGCCCCCCCUACCGCCCCUCGUCCUCGUCCAUGAUUUGCGCAACCUCCGUUUUGGUCAGCUAAACGCGCUUUUCUUCUCGGCUUCAAUCCUCAAAAGUCCUUCGCUCCAUCUGCGUUCAAGUGAAUAUCAACAUCUCCACGUUAUCACCAACAACCCCUCAACAUCGUCAAAUCAAUACCAAAUCAAUUGUUCCUAAUCCAUUGUAAAAAACAAUCUGCAAAAACUGGAGAAUUUGGCGUGUGAAACUUCGAAACCGAAGCGCGUGCGCUCGUCAGAUACAUCGUCAACGCACGCAGACAAAGCGAUCUCAGGGAAAAUAUUCACGAGUGUGAAGGAGACAGAACCCCAAUGUUCUCACACGUAUGACAAGCACACAACACGCACACGUACACAAAAGGAAGAAGAGAAACGCCGGGUUAGGGGACUGCAGAAGGAGGAUAAAAGGGGAAGGGGGCGAUUGAAGCGUCGCGCGUGCAGAUACGUGAGUUAAGGUAAGACCCUGGCGGCAGACAAAAAGUCUCAUUUUCCCGCGAUGCUGAUGCUACGGUCGAC